CCCCCACCCCUUUCAUCCCCCUCCUUCCCAGCAGCAGCAGCAGCAGCAGCAGCAGCAGUGUCCACAUAAACCUCUUUACAUCCUGUUCUCCACAUCAUGGUAACAAGAAAUGAUUGCAACAUCCCCUUAGCAAUGAUCAGCUUUUUGUUGAUCAAUACUGCAGGUAUUCUCCCGGACAUGAUGUGCAUUUUCAGCAUGACUCAGGUUUUGUUUUUAACAUCACGUGUCUGAUGUGUCCAUGUGAUUGCUGCCCCUUUUCUCGCCAUCAGGAAGUGUUUACAUGGAAUAUGUCUUCACAUGACUUUUAACCUCCAUAUACCAAGUACCUGAGUACUAUGCUGGAGCACUGGCUGGGAAUUAAUAGUUGAUUAAGGAAAUGAAGGGAAAUUAAGUGAUUUGUGUUACACACAUUUAAACCUUUGGACUUGAGGGAAGGUAUCAAGUAUUUUCCAAUCAAACGGCUCAUGUCCAAGUAAAGUCACAAGUCACUGGUGUUAAAGUCAAGUUGCAGGUCUUUUUGUGACUUUGUCAGGUUGGGACUUAAGUCAUCAAAUUUGUGAUACUAAGACAACUCAUGGUGGGUCCAAAUGUGGGUCGUGGGGCACUUCCGUAUGGAUCGCAAGUGACUCACAAAUGUGUCAAAUUAGAUAUAAACACACUUUAUUUUGAAGUACAGUGAAUUUCUAGCACAGAGCUUUUAUUAUGAAGUGUUGUUUCCUGCUGUGGAGUGAGUAAAUAAAGGACAGCUACCUCACAGAGACAGCAAACUAGCUCGAUGACAUGGCCAAACAUAAGUAUGACGCAGAGUACAUUGAACUGUGUGGGCCUUGGACAAAUGACCAAGGAGAAAUCUGGACUCCAUGGCAGGACCAGUUGCAGACCACUGCUGUAACUGUGCAUCAGAAUUGCGUAUUUGUCAAAGUAUGUAAUAAAAUGUACAUUAAACUGUUUGGUCCUCUGAGUCCUUUGAGCAGUAGAAGUUAUAGGUGUUUUCACCCACUUUGAAUUCAGUAGAGGGAGCUUUUAAAUGUGAAGUGCCUUGUUGAGGUCUGGCUUUCAACACUUUGAUAUGUGACUUUUCAAAUAACAUGAGCUCCAAAAGGAAAAUUAUCUGUGUGUUGAGCUGCAGAUGCUUUGAUUUCUUUAAAGGCAAAACGAAGUGAUAAAAAAAGUUGACAUAUAACAAAAAGACUCACUAACAAGGACGUGGGUGGCUGGGUGGUGCAGUCGACAUAGAGCCUACGCCGAAGCCUACGCUGUAGCCUUAUGUGCACCUCCCCAGAAAUAUAACUACCCGUCGUGGUGACGCAGACCUCCUGUCUAGUUUUGUAAGCUGAAACCAUUUCCCUCAGUGGAAACGAAGCUUUUAUUUACUUUAAUUUCACAGACAAAAAACAAUAGAUUGUGGAGACACUAAAGCCUCCACAAAAAUAGCAUUUUAAGUCUUGUGGGUGAUUUAUCCUGGCUUCAUAUGAGUAGAGGAAAAGUCUGCUAGCUGCUAGGCUAAUUUAUACAAUGUAAAAUGCCAUAGGCUUGUGCUAAUAACGUUAGCAUGUUGUAUUUGUUUGGAAAACGUGUUUAGUAUAAGACAGUUGUUUUGUCUGUGAACCUUGUGAGUUGUAAUAGAGCCGAAUUUUGUAAUGUUACCUUUGUUAAAUGUUGCUAAGUUGUUUGGUCUCCAACAGGAUAAGCGGUUACAGAAAAUGAAUGAAUGAAUGAAUAACAAGAAUGUGAAGGGAUGCAUACAGAAUAGAGGGGAUUGCUAAACGACACCGUCCAUGACGUAACUUUGAAACGAUUUUUUCCAGUCCAUUCAUCAAAUGUUCAGGACAUUUUGUCAUUAGAUUGCAUCACAUGACCACCAUGUGUGUUUUUGUUAUUGUUGCCAGUAAGACUUAACUGUACACUGACACACCUCUUUUGGAGCAUGUGUGUGUUGUAAAUGAGGCAGAUUACAACCAGGAAGUCAUAAAUAAACACUUCAUUCUUUUAAUGGUCUUAUUUAUGGCCUCACAUUGAACUCGUGGGAUAUUUUCCAGUUGUACACACACAAACACACACGCACACACACACACUCAUAAUCACGAGGAAUGUCACCUGGACUCAAUGUCCUGUAACUGAUGGGCCGCAAUAAAUGUGAAACGGAACGAGACAUUUAGUGGAGAUGGACACGCAUUCAAGAAGCAAGCCAAGUGUGAAAGAAAACACGCAAGUACCUUCGGUCAGUGGUGGAAGAAUUAUUAAAAUCUGUUACUUAACUCUUAGUAUCAAUACCACAUUGUGAAAAUACUCCAUUACAAGUACAAGAUAUCGGCCGUAGAGAUGUCUGCCUUCUCUCCAAUAUAAUGGAACUAGGAAUUUGAAAAACUCAACAGCAAUGUCUCUUUCCAGAAAUCAUGAUCCAGUUACUCAAGAUAAUCCACAGACCUUGUUGUGAGCAGUUUCAUGUAGGAACUAUUUUCUCUCUACCAAACUACACCUACCAACCAAAUCACCCUGCAGAGAGAAGUGUGCACCUGCUGCUAGCUCACCUAGCAACACUGAGCUAGCUAACGUAACAGCUCAGCCGAGGAGGACUCUAUUAAUGAGCAUGAGCUUCUUGUCCAUGAGUAAAUGCUUGUAUUUUUGAUUUUGGGGUGAACUGUCCCUUUAAAGAUUUGCGGCAGUAAAAGAACAUUAAGUACCACCAGCUAAGUGUAAUCAAUACUACCAGGACAAAGUAUUCAGGACAGCUCUUUUAUUUGACUUUUGUCAACCCUGCUGUUAGGCCCACCCUUGGGCAGCCCUGUAGGGCAAACAGAACUCCACCAUUGAUCCAAAAUAACCACAUAAACACCUUUUAAACAAAUCCAUGGGAUUUAUUGCAAAUAAAACAAGCAAACAAGACAACAACAAUGCCAGGCUGAGAGGCAGCAGCACCAGCAGUCCCCACACCAGAGGCCUCUCUCCUCUGCUGCUGGCACAGAAGCCCUUAAGCACCUUCUCCAUGCCAGGUGAGAUGCACCUCGUUAGGCAAUGGAGCACACCUGGAGGGAAAAGGGACAGCAGCACAGAACAUACAGCUGUACCACAUGCUUUAGAGGAAUAGUGUGGAAGAUUUAGGGGGAUUUACGCCUUGUUUCCACUUAUGUAUGUGUACAGAGACAAGGCAGUCCAUUCAUUUCUAUGGGAAUCUCCAUGAUAUCCGAUGUGCCUGCGAAACUCGUCCACUCGGUAAUAUUUCGGUCUGGAAUUUGCCUUGAGAAUGUUAAAAAAAAAUUAACUUUUGCAGUGGAUUUUGGAGAGACCGUAUGACAGUGUGCUAGCUAACUGGCUAACAGACAAUGUUCUUCAGUUCAGUUGCCUGUGUUACUGUCAGGUGAGUUUGUGUUAUUAAAAAGAACUUGUUUAUCUGGUUUUAACACAUCGUGAAUCUGAGUUAUGUUAUUCUGCUAAAAUAUGUUUAUACAUUAUGUACAGUCAGAUUGUCAUUAUGACUCGUUCAGCCGUUCAUACGUAUUUUUAAUUAAAUAUUUCAUAACCGAAAGAAUGAGAUCUCAGAUAAAAACAGCCGAAAUCAGUUCCUCCGUGGGGUGGCUUGGCUCAGCCUUAGAGAUAGGGUAAGGAGCUUGGACAUCGGGAGGGAGCUCGGAGUAGAGCCGCUGCUCCUUCACGUCAAAAGGGGUCAGUUGAGGUGGUUCAGGCAUCUGAUCAGGAUGCCUCCUGGGCGCCUCGAGUUAGAGGUAUUCCGGGCACAUCCCACUGGUAGGAGGCCCCAGGGCAGACCCAGAACAUGCUGAGGGGAUCACAUAUCUUGUCUGGCCUGGGAACGCCUCGGGGUCCCCCAGGAAGAGCUGGAAAGCGUUGCUGGGGAGAGGGACGUCUGGGGUGCUUUGCUCGGCCUGCAGCUGUUUACAUACAGUCUCUUUCAAAAUAAAUGCAUUACGUCAGUACAACAUAAUUUUUCCUUCAACAACAUACGUACACGGUUAGGUUUAGACAACAAAAACACGUGGUUAGGUUUAGGAAAAAAGAACAGGGUUUUGAAUCUUACGGGACAGGAACACCGCUCCCCUGGGUGAAAGUUAUGGUUUGUUGGACCCAUCCGCCACCACUCCCACCCACCCUUCUAGGCCACCUUCACUGUCAUCCUUGUCCUGCCGCGUUUCCCCCUGACGCCGCCGUGCGCCGUUAAAGUAUAACAGCAACCGGCUGCGUAUCAUGCCGACAUUAAAGGACGCCUUUUUCGUUGGUUUCUGAUGAGUCACUGCCCAAGCGCUGGAUUUCAUCGACUUCGUAGUGAGACCGGGCUCAUUGAAGAAGCAGGUUAAGUUUUUACAAAGCUGAUUUUUUUUUUUUAGCAACAGAGCUCCACCCAUAUUGUCUGAUUCAGAUUCUUUUCUACUGAAGCUGCUGGUUGACGAUAUUUUGCGCAAUGUUCAACGUCUUUACAUCUGACCAAAGUAAACACAGACCCAAGAGGGUCCCACCAAGGGCUUAUCAAACACCAGCCAAAACACGGGGAGAGCCUUCAUCACAACACACAGCCUGACGUCGAUGGACCUUGAGUUGUUUUUUUGGUGUUGACACAUAAGGGGGCAGUCAACCUUGAUCCACCUCAUGUCUCGUUUCUCGCCUGUGUGAUUGCCUGCCCUAACCUGAUGUGUUGCACCUGUGUCUCAGUGUAUUUCGUCGCCUGUGUCUUUCCUUCCUUCUGUGUCAGAUCUUCUUUACCUUACUGUCUGUUUAUUUGGGGAUUUUUUGAAUGCUACAAUCAAGACAAUCAGUUCAUAGUGUCAUCUUGCAACUCUUCAUACAUCCUGCAAAUCAAUUCGGGAACCAACCGACCUGGAUCAUCAAACAGAGCCAGGGGGAGAUCUGUCCGAAGCCGAGUCCACAGGGAGACAACCCCCCCACUCAGUCUCAACUUCCUGGAUCCCUCCUGCGUUCCUGCCUUCAAACAACACAUCCAUCAUCGCACCGCCCAUGACCCUGAGACUCAGCCUACAUACCUCAGCCUUCAUCCCUUGAUCCACAUCCUGUGAUCCCUAAUCUUUCAUCCAUUCAUCCCUUGACCCUCAUCCUUUCAUCCCUUCGACCGUCAUCCCUUCAUCCCUCAUCUAUUUGACCCUCAACCCACAUUUAUUCAUCCCUUACCCUUCACCCCAUCCCUCCAUCUUCAUCCUUCCACUCGCACCCUCCAUCUCUCGACCCUUAGACCUUGGCCCUCAUCCAUUCAUCCCUCACCCUUCUCCCAUCCCUCCAUCUUCAUCCUUUCAUCAUGCUCCCUUCAUCCCUUGACCCUCAAUCUUCCAUCCCUCAAUCCUUAUCCUUUUAGGCUCUAAUCCCUUGAUCCUCAUACCUUCAUCCCUCUACCCUUAUCCCUUCGUCAUUCAUCUCCUACCCUCAUUCCCUUAUUCCUCGACCCUCAUCCCUUCAUCCCUCACCCUUCAUCGUACAUCCUGUUAUCUCUCCAUCCCUCAAUCCUUAUUAACUCAUUCUCUAAUCCCUUGAUCCUCAUCCUUUUAUCCCUCACUCUUCAUCCCUUGAUCCUCAUCCUGUCAUCCCUAACCCUUCAUCUAUUCGUCCUUCAACCCACAUCCCUCAACCCUUUGACCCUCAUCCCUUCACUCCCUCAUCCUUCCAUCUCCAUCUCUUCAUCCCUCACCCUUCAUCGAACAUCCUAUCCCUUCAUCCCUUGACCCUCAAUCUUCCAUCCCUUGAUCUUAUCCUUUUAGUCUGUAAUCCCUUGAGCCUCAUCCCUUCAUUCCUCACUCUUCAUCCCUUGAUCCUCAUCCUGUCAUCCCUAACCCUUCAUCUAUUCGUCCCUCAACCCUUUGACCCUCGUCCCUUCUUCCCUCAUCCCUCCGUCUUCAUCCUUUCAUCCUGCACCCUUCAUCCCUCGACCCUUAUCCCUUCGUCAUCCAUCUCCGACCCUCAUCCCCUUAUUCCUCGACCCUCAUCCCUUCAUCCCUCACCCUUCAUUGAACAUCCUACCAUCCCUCCAUCCCUCGAUCCUCAUCCCUUCAUGCUUUCCUCCGAACCCUUCAUCUAUCAUAUGCAAUAAACCAUUUGAAAUCUUUAUCUGUGUGUGUGUGUGUGUGUGUGUGUGUGUGAAAGUGACAGAAUAAAAGCAGAAACAAUGGGGGAGGGCAACAUGUGUGACAUGUGAUGGAAACACAAACCUUAUCCUGGGCCAAGGAGGCACAUCAACAAAGAGAGGGGUGGAGAAAAGGAAGAUGGAGCACCAGCCAUGACCUCAGCCACUCCCCCCUCCUCUGAAGGCUCCUCCCCUCAGAAAGUAUGCCACUCCCAGACACAGACUGACAUCACCAAACCCCUGCUGGGCUCCACAGGGGGGACUGGAGGUGCUGGUGCAGGUGGAGGAGCCACGGCAGCUGGAGGGCCCAAUGCCCUGCGGAGGAGGCGACGCGUCCUCUCCAAAGAUGGCCGAAGCAAUGUACGCAUCGAGCACAUAAGCGGGCGAGGGGCACUGUACCUCCGCGACCUCUGGACGACUUUCCUGGACAUGCAAUGGCGCUACAAGUUCUUCCUCUUCUCUGCCACCUUUGCUGGGACCUGGUUUGUGUUUGGAGUGCUUUGGUACCUGGUGGCCAUGGUGCAUGGAGAUCUACUGGAGUUCGACCCCCCCUCCAACCAUACUCCAUGUGUAAUGGAGGUGAAGACCCUGACGGGAGCCUUCCUCUUCUCUCUGGAGUCUCAGACCACAAUUGGAUACGGUUUCCGGUGCAUCACCGAGGAGUGUCCUGCUGCCAUUGUGCUGCUCAUCUUUCAGCUGGUCAUCACCAUGGUGAUGGAGAUCUUCAUCACCGGCACGUUCCUUGCGAAGGUCGCUCGUCCCAAGAAGAGAGGCGAGACAGUGAAGUUCAGUCAGCACGCUGUUGUGUCAAACCAUGAGGGUCGACCCUGCCUCAUGAUCCGAGUGGCCAACAUGCGCAAAAGCCUGCUGCUGGGAUGCCAGGUGACGGGGAAGUUGCUUCAGACGUCCCUGACAAAGGAGGGUGAGACGGUGCGGCUGGACCAGCGCAAUGUGCCUUUCCAGGUGGACACAUCAAGCGACAGCCCCUUCCUCAUCAUUCCUCUGACUUUCUACCACAUCAUUGACGACAACAGCCCCCUCAGGGCCUGGGCAGCAAAAGGUGGUGGCUGGACAGACCCAGAGUUGGCUGACUUUGAGCUGCUGGUGAUCAUGAGCGCCACAGUUGAGCCAACCUCUGCCACCUGUCAGGUUCGAACAUCCUACCUUCCGGACGAGAUCCUCUGGGGCUACGAGUUCCCCCCUGUUGUCUCCCUGUCUCCCUCAGGAAAAUAUGUGGCCGAUUUCGCCUUCUUUGACAAAGUGGCCAAAACCAAAACCCCACCCCUCUUCAAGCAGGCCCUGCCACCAAGCCCGCCAUCACGGGCGUCUCGUUACCAUGGUGGCAAGGAGGCUGGGACGGACCCAGAGAAGAUGCGACUGGAGGAGAACUACAGGGGGGAAGAGAAGGGGCGAGAAAGGGGGCGCAUCAGAGAUAGCAGCCCGCUGAGUGUGCGUAUUAGUAAUGUGUGAGAGAAAAGAGAGAAACAGGAAGUGGUUACGGAAAGAAGAUGUGAAACAGAGGUAAGGUGAAGACAGGAAGGAAAAACAAACAAGCUGCUCAUAGUGUCAGAUGAAAACAUCUCACCCACUCGUACACAAAACACCCCGCCUACGCAUAUGAGAGGAACACCUGGGUGCCCUUUCACCUCACCCACCAACCGCGCACAGACACACUGCCGGUGUGUCACUGUCGGCAAUACACUGAGGAAAUCUGUGAGGAAAUCUGUGUCUAAAAACCCAACAUGUACAAAUGUACAGCACAACAUCAAGUCAUCCAUAGAGACAUUUUCUACACUUCUGUUUUGGAAAGGACUUGUUUUAAUGCAACUGGAGGAUGCUCAAACACUGCAACAUAAUCUUCAUCUUAUCAGGUCAUUUCUGUCUGUGUUUUAUUCCCAGGGUUGUCGGAAUAACUUAAUCUGAUUCCAGUAGAAAUCAACUUGUUUCAAGAAUUUUCUAGAAAUUUGUGGGAUUUUUUGAACCAAGAAGGAAUAAGAAAAGUGGCCUUGAUUUCAGAAAAAUAAAAAAAAGUUGAUUUCUAUUUCUGUUUUAAGAAAAUAAGAACUCAGCUACAGAAAAAUGUACUUGAUAGGAGGAUUUUUGCAGUGUGGUUGAACAUCUGACUGAAUCACUGUACUGUUUUUUCCCCGUUUUUAAAAAUGAACAAAAUACCUGCAAAAGCAGCCCGUUCUCAUUCCCAGGUCAUCAAAAUAUUAAUGCUUUGUCACACCCAUCGGUCAUGAGUGUAUUACUGAAUGAGCCUACCGGACCCAGGCCAAGGGGCCCCUAAGCUAGAGUCUCUGACAAAAAAUUAGCAACAGCAACUUCACAUAAAGGGCUUCUUCAUCAUGUCCAUAACAGAGCCUCAAAAAAGAAAACUAAAGAAAUAGCCUAAACAUUCAUCUCUAAAAUGUCACAAGAAAGAAACAACAGCAUGCUGUACCUGCCCAAGAGAGGGUGAGGAAGGCUUUUACACCAGGUCCAGGGGUCCAUUGUGUCAUAAUCCGACCAUGCCCUCAGUGUCUUUUAAAUGCCAAAGGCGCCCUUUAGCGUCUUUAUGAGAUGCAGCGGGAUUCCAUCUAAUUCUAAUGUAAACCCAUCCGCUGCAGUAUUUGAUGCUGAGAGCAUCUGACACAGUGUACAGUGUGAGAAAGUCUCCGUCUGGUGUCAAGGAGGGUUGGUAGAUUGGUCAAACAAACACAGGACUUUGACCCAGGAGACCAAUUUGUGUCCUGUGUGAAACCAAAAGUCAUCAAGGUUUAAAGUAACAUUACAUAAUUUUUGAUUGUCACGCACACGUGUUUACAUCAAGACAUGUUAUGUACUUAUUUUAACCCUAAACAUAAUUUUAUUUCUCAACAUAUCCUCAAACAACGGUUUGUAUGAUUUCCUACAAAUAAGCUCCCCAAUAAUGAUGUUACGUGCUUAACGUAAAGUUACUGAACUAACGUAAAGUUAUGAAUGUUUAGGCUAGGCAAGUAAAGUUACUCUGCUUGAGUUUAGGAGAAGAAACUUGGUGUUGAUGUACCUUAAAAUGACUCAAAGUUCACACUGGUCUCCUGGGGAAAGUCCCAGGUGAAGUUCUGUGUUUGGUGACGCAUCCACCGCCCAAACCUGUCUCCUUACUGGCUUGCUCAGGACCGCUUUCUUCUUUACUCCCAUCAGCGCAUUGGUUGCUGAUCACAGCCAUCCAAUAUAUGUUGGUUUAACAGGUAUUACUGGCCAAUGAUUAUGUGAGAUACAUGCAAAUUUUGGUGUAUAAAUGUACACAUAGUGCACAAGAAAAGCCGGUGUUUAUAAACAAAAGUUUCAAAACAUUAACCAUGUGUUUCAGCUGGGCAUCACCUAGAGAUGCUAAAGGGUGCCCUGUGCGUCGCUAUCAGAUGCCAAGAGGCAUGACAAAGCGUUGGUAUUUGACAGCCAGGGAAUGGGAACAGGUUAGCAAAAGGUGGCGAAAAUACUGGAACCAUAUUAUUUUUUUAACGAAGGAUUUUAAAGGAAUGUAUCAUAUUUUAUGUACACAAUAGUUUCUAACAUCGUUACUUGUUGUACCUGAAAUAUUGUGCUCUGUCAUAUGAAUGUCUUUUCAUGUUUAUUGGGGUAAAUCUGUUUAGUGAUAUUACUAAAAGCACUUUAACUUGAAAGAAAAGUGGCAUUUCACACAAGGGAAAUAACUGAACUAACUCUGAAACCUAAUGCACUGUAAUAAAUGAUUAAAAUUUGGGGUCAUGUUUGGGGUUUGUGAGCGUGUGAUAUUUGCUUGAAAAUGGGUAAUUCUGUGAGUGUUCGUACGAACCCUUUGGUGAGCUAUCCUAAAUUUUAUGUGUGUUAAUGUACCUCUGUACAGUGUAUAAAAUAUUUUUUCUUACAUUUUUCACAUCAGUAUGUCCUGACAUUUGAUACACAACUCCACAUUUUCCAUAUACCAUAUUGUCAAUGCAAAAAUGUAAGAGUGGGCCCAUCAUUUCACUGCUGUCAUUUUUUCCAUCCAUUAGCUACGAAGGAGCCUGUGGAUUCAGCCAGUAUGUGCAAAUCAUCUGCCUUUGUGGAUCUGAAAAGAAUAUAUAUCUAGAUAAAAAUGUACCCCUUUUUAAAAUAUUUACAUGAAAAUGGUGACAGAUGAAUUAAAAAAUCAGAUUAAGGUACUCUUAUUUAAAUUUCUUGGCAACAAAAAUGAAUUUGAAUUUUUACAUAAAAAAAAUGUUUUCACUAAAUUUCAUUACUAGAAAUGUAAUCAGUUCUUAAAAUUAUUUUGUUUGAAUGGCCAAGCAUUUUUUGAAAAAAAUAAAAAUAAAAAUCAGUAAUAUAUUAAUACGUUAUGAUCUGUGGAAAUUUGUGCUCUUGACAGAGAUUAAAUGCCACUAUUCAGAUGAAAUCCUCUGCUGCUUCAGACCAAGCCCAAUGAUAACAAUAUUUUUGAAAUGUGAAAAUAUUUCAGUAUCCAUGUGUGGUGAGGGGUUGUGCUUGUUUAUACUGUAAAGCCUACUGUAUACUGUAUAUGGAUCACUCACAUUGAUCUAACUUUUUCAGUAAGCACUUUUAAGUGGCUCUU